AUGUACACCUCCUCAGCCGCCCAGAAGGCCAAACGCCGAACACAUUCGCGUCCAGAGCUCACAGAUGAGCAGAAGCAGGAGAUCAAAGAGGCCUUUGAGCUCUUUGACACGGACAAAGAUGGUUGUGUGGAUUACCACGAGCUGAAGGUUGCAAUGCGGGCACUCGGGUUCGACCUCAAGAAGGCCGAGGUCCUGAAGCUAUUGCGGGAUCACGACAAGGAUAAUUCGGGUCUAAUGGAGUUCCAAGACUUCGCAAAAAUCAUGAGUGAACGGAUACUCGAACGUGAUCCGAUGGAAGAAAUCCGAAGAGCCUUUAAGCUGUUUGACGACGACAACACGGGCAAGAUUAGUCUGCGAAACUUGAGACGCGUGGCGAAGGAGAUUGGGGACAGGCUGGAGGACGACGAAUUGAAAGCUAUGAUCGACGAAUUCGACCUGGAUCAAGAUGGUGAAAUCAGCGAGCAAGAAUUUUUCGCCAUUAUGACAGACGACGCAUAA